AUGUUUAAAUUGUGCAUUGUAUUACUUACUGUGUUGGCUUGUGCUUUGGCUUCUCCUGGCCAUCUAGCGGCUGCUCCUAUUGCUGCCCCUUAUGCUGCUGCCUAUACAGCGCCAAUAGCUGCUGCCUAUUCUGCUCCUUAUGCUGCCGCCUAUCCUGCUCCUUAUGCCGCUGCCUAUUCUGCUCCUUAUACAGCUGCCUAUAGCGCUCCUUACACUGCUCCCUAUGCCGCUGCUUAUACAGCUCCUUAUGCUGCCGCUUACUCUGCUCCCUAUGCUGCUGCUUAUACAGCCCCCUAUGCUGCUGCCUUUACAGCUCCUUUAGCCUCCACUUCACACAGUCACCGUGUUGAUAUCUAUAACAAAUAUAGUCCUGCUGUUGUUGCUGCUCCUGCUAAACUAAUAGCUUCAGCUCCAGCUGCUUAUGUGGCAUCUCCCUUUGCGGCUCCAGCUGCUGUAGCAGCUGCUCCUGCUAAAUUAAUAGCUUCAGCUCCUGCAGCUUAUGUUGCUCCAGCUGCUCCUGCUAAAUUUGUUGCUUCUGCUCCUGCUAGAUUAGUGGCACCUACUGCUGCUAUAUAUUGAUUUCUUCACGAUCAUCUCCUGCUGCACCUCAGAUCAUCAUGAUACAAAUACACAUUUCUUAUUCAUUCUGUGUAAAUGGCUUUAUUCUUCACGAACACAUUUUAUUAUAGUUUAAGUUUUAAUAAAAAUACAAGAUAUAUUUUCUUUGCAAUAAAUUUGCGAAUGUUUUUCACUGUUAUUCCGAAGGAA